CUGAGCAAAAGGUGCGCGCUAUAGCAGGGACUAGUAAAUCACGGCGGCCCGACUACAAAUCUCCGAACAUGAUCGACCUCCUGAAAUCGAGCGCGUCCAGUACUGGAAGUCAAUUUAUUUGCUCCUAGGCAAUGUUCGAACGACAAAGUUAGCAGCCCCCAAAAGCGAAGAAUAGCAGGCAUUCUUCUCAGACAAUACUUUGUGCUGGUAGAGCUACGCGGAAAGAGGGCAUUGACUGUAGAACAAGGCGGAAUAAUUCAUCUGGAACGUUUAGGAAAAUCUUAAUAUAAAUUCAACAGGAGUUGGCAAUUCUAGAAUUUGCAGGUCUAAAAGGGGCCUACAUAAGUAAUAUGAAUGGGCAGAGUACUGCUUGUUGCUCGUUGCUCGGCGCCAUCACGCACACCAAAAGUAAGCAGCAAGCUUUUUGUUGCGAGACGACGAGACUGACGGCUCUGAAGAAUGCACUCGAACAUCUACAUUGCACUGUACAACACCGAAGACGGCGAAGGAAAAUAUCACUGGGCACUGAUCAUUCGUGACCCGGAGCACAAGCUCAGCGAGCCGCUGUGCGUGUACCAAAUUGUAAAAAAGAAGAAAUGGGAGACGAACCAUGAUGGCGGGGCACGAUUGUCGGCGCCGCUGUUGUGUUUAAUCGAGAUGCCGUCUCUGGAGACGAAUCCGAAGGAGGUGGACGCGUUUAUCCGACAGCAGCCGGCGGGGCAAGGUAGCUCUGCAUUGCUGCGGGGCCAGAAGGGAUGGAGCAGUGCGCACUGGGUGAUCCGGACGCUUGAGGGUAUGGCGGAGCUGCGGUGGUUCGAAGAAUCGGUGGGGGACCACGCCGACUUUUACGACUACAUUGCGAAUGUGAAGGGAAAGAACUACGAGCAGGGUGUUGCUGCCGGGCCGGAGUUUGCGCAUGUAUAUGGGGCACACAUGGGCAUCACAGUGGACGGGAUCCGAGUGCUCGAUACGAUGUAGACCACAUGACUGGUGUGUAAUAAACUUGAUGUCUAUCUCCACGCUAUGGCGGCAGCUGGAAGGGAAAGAGAGAAUGCUACAGCGGACAUUCGCAAGUGCAGGGUCAUCGAUAAAGUGGUGGUUGAGCAGCACCUAUGUGGUGCGAGAAGAGAGUGGAUGAAGAUUGUAAGGAGGCAGAGGAAUAUCGUCUGGGACUGGAAGACGAAGGGCGAUAUCAAGAAGAGGCUGAAUUUGACGAGGCAGGACAUGCUCACGACCGGGGAUGGAAGUUGUCGUACAGGUGAAGAUGUCGUCUGCUGCCAUCGAUGCUGCGGGGAUGAGGGCGUCUACGAUACCGAGUACAGGGCUGCCUCCGUCCCUUCCAACGAUGAUUCUUGUGAUACCGAACGCGAUUGCAAUGUUUUCGUGUUCACCGAGACAGGGUACCAGAAGGAGUAUUGUGGUCUGAAUCGAAC